UCUCUCUCUCUCUCUCUCUCUCUCUCUCUCUCUCUCUCUCUCUGUCUGUGAGUUCAAGAAAAUGGCAGAAACCAGUGAUCAGGAUCAGUUCAGCUGUCCAGUGUGUCUGGAUCUCCUGAGGGUUCCAGUGACUCUCCAUUGUGGUCACAGUUUCUGUAAGGUGUGUAUUAAUGGCUGCUGGGAUCAGGAGGAUGUGAAGGGCGUCUACAGCUGUCCUCAGUGUAGAGAAACUUUCACUCCAAGGCCUGUUCUACGCAGGAACAACAUGCUGGCUGAAGUGGUGGAGAAACUGAAGAAGACUGAACUCCAAGCUGCUUCUUCUGCUCACUGUUAUGCUGGACCUGGAGAUGUGGAGUGUGAUUUAUGUACAGGGAGAAAACACAAAGCUGUUAAGUCCUGUCUGGUUUGUUUGGCCUCCUUUUGUGAAGAUCAUCUUAAACCUCACUAUCAGUUUCCUGCCUUUAAGAAGCACAAGUUAGUUGAAGCCUGUGCAGAGCUCCAAGAGAAGAUCUGCUCUGAACAUGACAAACUGAUGGAGGUCUACUGUCGUACUGACCAAAGCCUCAUCUGUGUCUUAUGUACGAUGAAAAAACACAAAGGUCAUGAUACAGUUUCAACUGAAACAGAAAGAACUAAAAAACAGAAUGAGUUAAAGGAGGAUCAGAUAAAAUCCCAGCAGAGGAUCCAGGAGAAGCAGAAGAAGGUGCAGGAGCUGAAACAGACCGUGGACAUUAUUAAGACACGUUCACAGGCAGCAGUAGAUAACAGUGAGAUGAUCUUUACUGAGAUGAUCAGCUCCAUGGAGAAAAAGCGCUCGGAGGUGACGCAGCUGAUCAGAGCUCAGGAGAAAGCUGAAGUGAGUCAAGCUGAACGACUCCUGAAUCAACUGGAGCAAGAGAUUGCUGAUCUUAAGAGGAGAGUCACUAAGCAGGAUCAGCUUUCACACACAGACGAUGACAUCCACUUCCUCCAGAGUUUCCCGUCUCUCUGUGUUUCUCCUGGAUGUGACGACUCACUCAGCUUCACUGUCAAUCAACAUCUCUCAUUUGAUGGAGUGAGGAAAUCUCUCUUAGAUCUGAAAAAACGAGUCGAGCAAAUCUGUGAGGAGGAAUUCAACAAAAUCCAUCCACAUGAUUUCUGUUAUCUGACUCUGGAUCCAAACACAGCACAUCCUGAACUCAUUCUGUCUGAGAAGAAGAGAGUGGUGACAUGGAGUGAGACACAACAGCGAUACUCUGAUCAUCCAGAGAGAUUUGAGUACUGGUCUCAGGUGUUGUGUAAGGAGAGUGUGUGUGGACGCUGUUACUGGGAGGUGGAGUGGAGCGGUAAUGUGUCCAUAUCAGUGUCAUAUAAAGAGAUCAGCAGGAAAGGAUUGGGUUAUGAGUGUUUGUUUGGAUACAACAGACAGUCCUGGAGUCUGCAGUGUUCUUCUUCCUCUGUCUCUUUCUGGCACAACAGCAUUGAGACUGAGCUCCGAGGUCCAUCAUCCUCCAGAAUAGGAGUGUAUGUGGAUCACAGUGCAGGAACUCUGUCCUUCUACAGUGUCUCUGACACCAUGAGGCUCCUCCACAGAGUCUACACCACAUUCACUCAGCCUCUAUACGCUGGAGUCAGUAUAUGCCGUUUUAACUCAUCUGUGAGGUUUUGUGAACCAAAAUAAAAUGUUAGUAAAAGUUUUCAGUAAAAUUCUAA